GCCGAACUUUGGUCCCGGCCCUUCAACGGAGACAUUGGUCAUGACAGGCAGCGUAUCUAAACAACAAAUCCCAGUCAAUGGACAGGAUCGACGGUGGAUAAAGGGGAAGGAGGCUGUUUGGUGGUCUGUGAGUGGAAAUGCAACAUUGCCAAGAAUUGGGCCACUUGUUCUACACCUCGUCUUGAUGUCUCAGCCUAAUGUGAUGGGAGACUUGAAGGAACGAGUUGCGCAUGGAAUGUGUGCAAUGGCGUAUCCUCCGGGCUUCCUGGUUAUUCCGAUGAGGUCGGCGGCAGUGCACCCAUUCUCAACUACCAACCUCCUUGUGUUUGACCCACCGAGAGAGAACACUGCUGGGAAGGUACAUGAGAUGUAUUUGGCCAAGGAUGCGGUUGGCGUUCCCCCAGUAUCGGCCAUGGAUCGAAGUCAGAGCAACAAUGGUGUACUGACGGAGGUGAACGGUGACUGCCUAGUGGUCGAUCCUGGAGCUAUGCCUGGCAUUGCUCAGCAACAGCUGGCAACGAUUAUUAACGCACUCGAAGGGCAGCUUUUAGUGUUUCUCACCCAUCAUCACCGCGAUCAUGUGGAAGGUCUGAGCAUAAUUGAACAGCACAAACCUGAAGCACUGGUGCUGGGACACAAGGAAACUCUACGUCGGAUUGGGAAUGUUGGCAGAAAGCUUGUUAAGCACUGUGUCGGGCGCGGAACGUCAAUCACGAUCAGGAACGAGACACUCCUCGUUGUUCCAGCUGCGGGACACACGAUUGGACACUUGGCUCUCUUCCAUGUGCCCACUAGAAUACUGGUUGCAGGGGACCAUUGUACAGGGGAAGGAACAAUUUUGUUGGAUGACCGCAGUGGGGGGGAUAUGGAGGAUUAUGGGAACACAACAAUUAUGUUCAUGGAUUUGCAAGCCAGGGUGCUGAUCCCCAUGCACGGGCAACCAUCAUUUUGUCCAGGGGUCAUGCUCAGAAUGUACAGGAAGCAUCCGAUUGACAGGGAGUCGAGAAUACUGUCGGCAAUCCGGAGAGGAGCAAACACUGUGUACACCAUCGUUGCAGAUGCGUACGCCGACACCCCGGUUCCGAGAUGGCCUUCCGCGGGCAGGAAUGUUCUGCUACAUGUUAAGCUGCUCCACAAGAAGGAGAGGUUGCCCGAGGCAAGCGAGAGGGCCGUGAAAGUCUGUCUGUACUUUGAUGUAUGUAUUCUGGUAAACUUUUGGCUGAGUUAACAUCCACUUCACCCGCCGCCGACCGCACCUCCAUUCGUGGAUGAGAGCAUUGACGACCUGGUACUUUGAAGGAUAUGCAAGCUAUCAUUGUUUGGACAGCUGGGGAUUCCGCGGUACGCAUGUGUUAGGGAACUGCUCCCGGUGGAGUUCAAACGAAGUCAGGUCUGCAUUCUGUAAGUUCCAACGGUGUAGGUCUUCCGACUGAGCUGUUAACAUGUGCAAUGGUACUGGGUGGGGCGAUCAGCGCUUCGGCGACUUCUUGGGUCCGAAUUCACGGGCGCUCCGCGGAACCGGAAUCGCAGUCGACCAGCUGCAGAAGGAAGUUCACUGCUGGCAAAUUUGUCAUGUUGCGAUUUCCGGCGAUCUGAUGUGAUGCGCUGUCGCAACCGGAGUCCAUAUGACUGUUCAUGAUGAUGAUGAGGAAGAGCAACAUGGGUGAACCCUCCUCUGACAGUUCAUACGACCGUUCAUGAUAGUUCAUAGUAGUAGCUUCAUACGACCGGUCAUGAUGUGGAGGAGGAGGAGCACGGGUGAACCCCCCCCUGACACUCUUUAGCUAGAACUUAGAAGCUUUUAGGUGCGCCUUUCUGGCAAAUUUGUUAUGUUGCGAUUUUUGGCGAGCUGAUGUGCUGCUCUGUCGCAACCGGAGUCCAUAUGACAGUUCAUGAUGAUGAUGAGGAGGAGGAGCAACACUGGUUAUCCCCCUGACGCCGCUGACGGUCUUUCAGUUAGGAGGAUUGUGUUUCGCUGAGCUCGCUGAGCUUUUACGGGUUCCCUUUCGUCCCUACUGUUGUGGCGGUGGUGUGGACGCGACCACGUGUAUAAGAGGUAUAAGCAAAUUUGGCUUGCCAUAUAGUCAUGCUUAUGGAAUGGCAACAUAACCAUGGGUCAUCCUAAACAGAGCAGGAGAUGGUUCGGGGGUUUUGGUGACAGGCGAUGGCUGGGGCCCAUGCUUUUUAAUGUCCCAGUUGAGGGCUUCAGGUUGACGGACGUCGAAAAUAGAAUUAAGGUCCUCUCAUUUUCUGUUGUGGCCCUUGUGGGGGUGUGUGUGUCCACCCCGACUGCAAGGCUAAAGGCAGUUUGUGGAUUAUCCCAAUGGAGUAGUGGGGAUAAGAAGGUAGUACUGCGCUUUUGCAUCGUUUAGUUCAGGUUGUGCUUUUCCCAGAACACCCCAACCAAUGUAAUGAAAUGCAUAAGAAUGU